AUGUUGCUAUGGAACAACUUGCUAUCCGUGCUCAAUGCACUGGUUUAUAGUGUCGAAAAUCUGGAUGGAUUCGAGAAUGGUCUUCUCGAUGACGCCUCGAUCAUCAAUACAACAUUUGUGGGAGACUCCGAAGUUCAUCAAUACAACCAGGGAACGGAAGAUGUUAGAUGUCGAGUGGCGUUGAUCUUCGCUAAAUAUGCAAAACCUGUUAGCAAGAAAACGUCUAUCAAAAUUUAG